AUGGAUCACUUCUGGAAUCUGGUACUAUCCCCAUCUUUCUACUCCAUCGUACUACCAAAUGGAUAUCAUCUCCUCAACGCACGUUUAAGAAAAGUCAUAUCAGGCAAGAAGCUCACUACUCGUACAAUCAAUUCAGCAAUCAACGAAAUCGCUGACCACCCAAUGAGUAGAACUCACCUCGACGAAAUGGUCGAACGAUUUUGGAAAUGCGAAUCUCUCGGAACAGGAGACGAAGCCACCCGCUCAGACGACAUCACAUGUCUCGACUUCUUUAACAACACCACUCGCUACGAUGAAACAGAACAACGAUACUACACUCGUCUACCAUUUAAACUCGAACAGGAAUCAGUACCGGACAACUUCGACCAUAGCUUCGCUUGCCUACGCUCGAACUGGAAGACACUAUCAAAGAAACCGGAAUACCUGGACAAAUACAACGACAUCAUACAAGACCAACUUCGAAGAGGAAUCAUCGGGAAACUUCCUUCCAGCCAGCCAUCUGAGCCUGGUACCUUCCUGUCCCACCAUGCUGUCAUUAAUGAAUUCAAGAAGCAAACCAAAAUCCGUCUAGUGUACAACGGUAGUGCCCGAGUACACAACGCUCCCAGUUUAAACGACUUCCUUUACAGAGGGCCCGUACUGUUGCCGGACUUGAGUGAAAUACUACUACGCUUUCGUCUUGCUCCCAUACUACUUAUCAGCGACAUAGAAAAGGCCUACCUAAUGGUUGGCCUCGAAGAAUGCCACCGUCGCUUUACAAAGUUCCUCUGGCUGAAGAACCACCACGAACCACCCACAGACGACAACUUGGUCAUCUACCACUUUCUACGAGUUCCGUUCGGAUUAAUAUGCAGCGCAUUCCUCCUCGCAGCAACAAUUUACCUACAUCUCACGAAAACAGCAACACCACUAGUACACGAAAUCUUGGAAUCGUGCUACGUCGAUAACAUAUUCCUUUCCGCUAACUCUACUGACGAAGCCAUACAAAAAUAUCAGGAGACGAAAAAGCUGUUCACGCUGGCUGGAAUGAACGCCCGCGAGUGGACAUCUUCAGACACAUCAGUUAACGCAACACUCUUGUCCCAUGAAGAGACCAAGAUGGAACCAACUAUAAAAGUGUUAGGACUAACAUGGAAUAUUCCCACCGACACAAUCACCGUUUGUUUUCCAUUUCUCCAAGCCCAAAUGGAACACCCCACCAAACGAUCAGUACUCAAAGUCGUAGCCUCGAUCUACGACCCCCUCGGCUUCAUCUCUCCAUUGACAGUGGUAGCAAAAAUAUUCUUACAAAGCCUAUGGAAAGAACAAAUGCAGUGGGAUGAACUGCUUCCACAAGGGAAACGAAAAGAAUGGUCCCACAUCACUUCGACGUGGACUCAGCCCUAUCUGGAACUUCCUCGAAAAACACUUCCAACACUCACUUGGAAUUCAGUCGAAAUUCACAUAUUCACAGACGCAUCACGCAACGCCUACUGUGCUGUAGCCUACUUGAGAAUUGAAAACUCGCAGGACGUCGACACAAGACUAUUAAUGGCGCGAGCCCGUCUGGCACCACUUCACAGUACCGUAACCAUACCACGACUUGAACUUAGCGCUCUCACACUCGGAUGA